CUGCCAGCUUUCAGGGCAGACCUCUGGCAGUGACUGUUACAGGUCACAUGAUGGCUGUUAGUGCAUGCUUUUCUACUUGCCUAGCCCUGCUUGUCAGCAGCACACAUCACAGGCACCCUGGAGCUUCAAGGAAUGUUGGAGAUUUUUUUUUUUUUUCGCAGGGGGAGGUAGCUUUGCUACUCCCAGCAUUUAUCUGUCCUUACGCUUGACAAAUUUGGAGCAGGGGUGUACAGUGCACAGACGCAGUUGAUAUGGGGGCUGUGGCCAGGAGGUUGAAUUGAGUAUUGGAUUUCGCUGAGAAGAAAGCAUGAUUAGACUGUUCUGGCAUUGAAUGCUUCAUAGCAUUAAAAUCAGAAUUAGAUGGAGGGGCAGCUCUUGAAGAAUCAGUAACAAUUAUUAGAAGGAAAAAAAGGACGGUCAUUCUUCUUUGUCCCCUCUUUGCUGGCUUGUGUGUAAUACUUGUGUGCACGUGCUGUGCAGUCAAGGAGAAUGCUUCAUUUGUGCAGAUUCUGAGACUGUGGAGAUUGUGUUUAUUUCACUGGAUUACAGCGACAUGGCAAGCCUUUCGUCUGAGUUCCGUCCAGUGCUUUCUGGAUGUCACCUGACAGUCUCAUGUUUUUGGAUGAAUUUAGUUCAGAGCUAUUAUUAGCUGGUGUUGGAGCGAGAAAGCGGGCAUAGUGGCUUGGGGGAGAUUUGGAAAGGACUGGCAGCAGGACAGAGAUGCCCAGCUGGACUUCUCCAAAGUUUGACCCGAGCCAGAUCAGGUUGAUUGUGUAUCAGGACUGUGAGAGACGAGGGAGAAAUGUUCUCUUUGACUCCAAUGCAAAGAAGAAGACGACAGAAGAAACACCGGUUUCGAAGCUGUGCAGCGACGCCCAGGUGAAGGUGUUUGGGAAGUGUUGCCAGCUGAGACCAGUUGGAGGUAGCUCCAGCUCGCUGGACAGCUCCUCCUCCUCCUCCACUGCCUCAGAUUCCAAAGAGCAGGGCCACAAGUACCAGGGUUCUCGCUGUUCAUCAGAUGCCAACAUGCUGGGCGAAAUGAUGUUUGGGUCUGUUGCAAUGAGUUACAAAGGAUCCACUCUGAAGAUCCACCAGAUCCGCUCCCCUCCUCAGCUCAUGCUCAGCAAAGUGUUUACAGCCCGCACUGGAAGCAGUGUUUACGGCAGCCUCAACACAUUGCAAGACAGCCUGGAGUUCAUCAACCAAGACUCAAACACAUUGAAGCCAGAUCACAACAGUGGGAUGAAUAGCCUUUUAGGAAAUAUAGGUUUCUCUCAGCUUUGCAGCCCCAGGCGGGCGUUCUCAGAGCAGGGCCCGCUCCGUUUGAUCAAGAGCGCCUCUUUCUUUUCAGGCCACAGUAACCCAAUGGACAUGCCGGGAGGAGGCCAACAUGAAGACAGAGAAGGUGGAAUAGCCAGAUCUGCAUCUUUAAGCAGCCUGCUGAUUACCCCAUUCCCAUCGCCCGGGUCUUCUCUCACUAGCAGCUGUGCCAGCAGUUAUCAGAGGCGCUGGCUUCGCAGUCAGACCACCAGCCUAGAAAAUGGGGUUUUCCCAAGAUGGUCAGUGGAAGAGAGUUUCAACAUGUCUGAUGACAGUGGUGGUCCAAAUCUUGGAGCCAUGAGGAAAAAGAAAAUUGCAAUCGGCGUCAUUUUUCUGCUGUCGCAAGACGAAGAGGAGAACAUCAAGUUUCACGACUUCUUCUUCUCUCACUUCCCGCUGUUUGAAAGCCACUUGAACAAACUCAAAAGUGCAAUCGAACAGGCUAUGAAAAUGAGCAGACGAUCAACUGAUGCAAGCCAGAGGGCUUUGGCCUACAACAGGAUUGUGGAUGCUCUGAAUGAAUUUAGGCUGACCAUCUGUAACCUGUACACCAUGCCACGGAUUGCAGACCCAGUGUGGCUCACCAUGAUCUCAGGAACCCCGGAGAAGAACCAGCUCUGUCGCCAGUUCAUGAGCGAGUUUGCUUUCCUGAUGGAACAGACAACCAAGAACCAGUUCCUGCCAGCGCUGCUCACAGCAGUACUUACCAACCACCUGGCCUGGGUCCCCACCGUCAUGCCAAAUGGACAGCCUCUCAUUAGAAUCUUUCUGGAGAAACGCUCCUCACAGAGCGUGGACAUGCUGGCGAAGACACACCCAUAUAACCCACUAUGGGCACAGCUGGGUGAUUUGUACGGUGCUAUUGGCUCACCUGUCAGACUAUCGAGAACUGUGGUUGUUGGGAAAAAACAAGACCUAGUUCAGCGAUUGCUUUACUUCCUCACCUAUUUUAUUCGGUGCUCAGAGCUCCAAGAGAACCAUCUGAUUGAGAAUGGGGAAGAUGAAGCAAUAGUAAUGCCUGGGACUCUCAUUACAACAUCCCUGCAGAAAGGAGAGGUGGAGGACUCGGAUUAUGUACUUGUAACUAUGCAUAAGCACAGAAGUGGCCUUGGACCCCAAGGGACAAAAGGGGAAGACUGCAGCUCAGAAAACAGUUGCCAAAGCAACACACAUCCAACGCAAGGGAGUGUGGCUUCUGAUAACCCAAGCCAAGAGAACGAAUGCAGCCAAAAGGGUUCUAACAAUGCUGUCAGAUCUCUGAUGAAUAAAAGUCUGCUCGAAAAUAGAGUGCUGCCAGUAAUUCGCACAGAGGACAUCGGCGAUAUGAAACCGUAUAAAAAGAUGGCUAGCUGUUGUCUGGAAACGAAAAUGGAGACGGUAGUGUGCGUAGGAUCAUCCUUGAGGGACCAGGGCUUGGCGCUGCCAGCUGGGCUCAAGACAGAUGUAGAAGCCAGGGGUGGCGAUGAGACAGCUGAGGCCGGUAGCAUGUCUAUCAAGGUGUUACGGUCUUCAGGAAUCCCCUUGGAAAAGAUUCCACCAGGUAAGCAUCUGCCAUCUACUUUUCCAUCUGAUGACGAGCAGCCUUCUACCAAAGUGACUUUUCUGAUUGGAGAUUCAAUGUCACCAGACUCCGACACAGAAAUCAGGAGGCAAAAAGUAGAGGAGCAAAUUAAAAAGCACAAAAAGCAGCUGAAGGAGAAGGAGAGCAGCGCUGAGCUGAAGACACCUGAAACAAAGAAACUGUCCGAGGACCAAACAAACAAAACCAACGAGGCUAAAGAAACGCUACUUCGUGUUGCCAGCAAACUCCCUGAGUGGGACCCUCCCCAUGAAGGGUGCAUAGACAUGUUCGACGAGUAUUUUAUGGAUGAUAAUCCGGUCGAAACCAGGACUAUCGAUGACGUGUCACAACUGAAAGAACCAAGUGGUCCUGAACAAAAAAACAAAGUGCACUUGGAUUGCUCGGAAACUGGUUUCACUGGAAGCCAAGGGCAAAAUGAACUCCCUACCAGUCGGUGUAGUUGCAGUGCAAUGGACGUAAGAAAUCAGAGCUUUUGUCAAACUUGUUCUGCUGAGCAGGACAAAGGGAUCGUAAUCUCUGUUACUGUCCCCCAAGGGGACCAGUUGGAUUUGAAGAAGGUUACCCCACUCUCCGAGUGGGACAUCCCAAGGAAUGAGAGCUCUGAUAGUGCGCUAGGGGACAGUGACAGUGAAGACACAGGCCACGACCUGCCGAGACAUGACAGCAGCUGCUAUGGAGAGGAACAGGAAGAAUGGCUGGAUGAAGUGGAGAUACCUUUUCCAGGGUCUAAACUAGUUGAAGCCAACUUCUGCAAGCCCAGCAUUGCAAACUUUGGAAGGUCCCUGUUCGGUGGCUACUGCCCAGCUUAUGUGACCGACUUUGUUCUCCAUGGAAUAGCAAGCGAUGAGAAGCUGAAGCAGUGUUUAAUGGCGGAUUUGUCCCAUGCUGUACAGCACCCAGUUUUGGAUGAGCCCAUUGCAGAGGCUGUCUGCAUCGUCGCAGACGUUGAGAAGUGGACGGUACAGGUGGCCAGCAGCCAGAGACGGAUGCCGGAAAACAAACUGGGACAGGAGGUCCUUGUGUCCAGCCUCGUCUCCAACCUCCUGCAGUCCACCCUGCAGCUUUACAAGCUCAACCUGUCACCAAACUUUUGCAUUAUGCACCUUGAAGACAGACUCCAGGAGCUAUAUUUCAAAAGUAAAAUGCUGUCGGAAUACCUAAAGGGCCAGACGCGAGUGCAUGUGAAGGAACUGGGAAUGGUACUAGGGAUUGAAUCCGGCGAUCUUCCUUUGCUGGCAGCUGUAGCAAGUACUCACUCUCCUUACGUGGCUCAGAUACUGCUGUAAGUCUCCAACAGGCAGAAAUGGAAACUGUUUCAGUGGAAACCAUAGGAAUGGCUGGGAUACAGCUGCAAUCUAGACGGAACAUGCUGGCCCAAGCCAUCUGCCUUCGAAGGCUGAGUCAUAUGGAUGUGCAGCGCACACAAGCAAGUAACAGAGAUCCCCGGAGUGAGAAAAGACCAGGGACAGAGGAAGGGAAACAACAUGUUUCUCUAUUUUCAUUAAGUCACUUCAUACCGGGAAACAGUAGCUACUAAAGGGAAGACUGUGUCCUUGUUGAUUUGAAUGUUUGAAUUAUUAUUUUUCCUCUUCAGACAGUUUACACUGUAAAAAGAAAGAAGUUUUACAAAAGAGCUAGCCGUAGAAGAAGAGCUGCAAAAAAGUACUUUUCUUUUGAAUGUUGUUGCAAAGAAAGGAAGAGGAUUAAAACACCAGCCUAUUCAUUUUUUGGAUUUCAACAGCACUACUAACCUUAAUCGUGCGUCUACACAUAGUGUAAAGCAUCUGAACCAAAACACAUUAGUGCACCACCCUUAAACACACAUUGGCUAUUCAUUGUGAAAACCCUUGCUCUAACUGGUGGACCUGCAGUCAAGUGGCUAUGCUGUUAAAUGUGUGUAAUAUUGUAUUUUUCAAUUCCACAUUGUGUAAUAGUGUGUUAGAAUCGGUUGCCAGUUUCAGAUGUAUUGGCUAGUCCUCUCCAUGUCUGCGUAAUGUCGGUGUUCUUUUGGAUUUUCAUUUUAACUUCCAUCUGUCUGAGAAAAUAACUGGUCGCAGACAUGCCUUUGGAUGUUCACAAAGGAACUAAGUUUUACACCCUGAGCAUUCCACAUCUUUUUGAUGCGGUUCAGAACUGACUUACUUUUAAAAUAAUACUUUAAUUUCUCUGUGCACACAGUUUUGCCGUUAAAAAAACAAAAACAAAAAACAUUUAUACAGUAGUAGAACAACCUUUGUGAAGCUCUUUAGAUACAUAUAGUCUAAAGGUCACAUGGACUUGAGUCUGGCAUUUCCUCAUGGCGUUUCCUGACAGUCUCAAAAGUGCAAUACUGCUUCUGACCUCUAGAGGGCCGCACGGAGGGUUUGUCACUGCUCACUGUUUUUUUUAUAGCUGCCGAAUUGUUUUCACAAUUUAACAAACUGCUUUUGCAACAAAACACUCUUUUUCUUUUCACAAGGUAUAACAGGGGAGUCCUCACAAGGAUGUUGAAUUUUUAUUAUUCGUCAGACGAUAUUAUGCUAAAUGAGCAUUUCUUUAAUGGAUUAAUUAUGCUUUACAGAUACUGUGCCUCCACAUAGGCAGAAUUAACAUUUCUACAGCAAGUUUCGACUUUCAGGUUUUCUACAUAAAAACAGGCUGAUUGAUAAACACAAGUAUAUACAAGACCUUUUCCAAGUAAAAAAUAUAGACAUUACAGUACAUACAUUUUAUAUAAGAGAGUAUAGUUGUGUGAGAUACAUCAAAGGGCAAAUUUUUUAAAUAGAUAUUUUUUUCUGAUAUUUGUACCACACUUGCUGCAUAACUACAUAAUUUGUAUUUCUGGAUGCUAUUGUGUGAAUGUUAUUGUUAGCUGGAUAUGUCAUGUACUAAAGUCUUAAUUGACAUGUGGCAUGCUGCGUACAAAAAUGUGUCAUAGGAGUGUUGCUUUUGUGGGCUCGUUUUUAAUUUCCUUCUUUUAAUAACUGUUGGCUGCUGUACAUGUAGCAUUCUCUCAUUGUGAUUUGUAAAGAAAGAGCCUGAAAAUAUAUAUAUAUAUAUAUAUA